CGGGCGGCCUUAGCCCGGCCCCUCAUGUCGGCGCAGGCGGGGAAGCGCCGCGGCACCGGCGCUGCCGUUUUCCAUCCCCUUCCUGCCUCUUCCCCCGUCGCCGGCGGCGGCGUUCGGGCCUCGAUCGCAGCGCCAGGCCGCCGCGGUGGGAGCCUGCAUCGACUGGGAUCCGCCUCUGGAAACCCUGGGUAGGUGGGAUGAAUCCAGGCCUCCCCGCCAUCCCAGCCUGCUGAACAGCAAGUAAUUAAUACUGCUUCAGCCUGCGCUGACUCGGAGCGUAAACAAAUCACAUUGCAUCAUGGCGGCAGACUCUAUGGAAAUUGAUGAUGCUUUGUAUAGUCGCCAGAGGUAUGUUCUUGGAGACACGGCAAUGCAGAAGAUGGCUCAGUCCCACGUAUUCCUGAGUGGUAUAGGUGGUCUUGGUGUGGAGAUUGCAAAAAAUAUAAUUCUGGCUGGGGUAAAGGCUCUUACAGUUCAUGACACCAAGCAGUGUACAAAAUGGGAUUUGGGGAUCAACUUCUUCAUCCAUGAAGAUGAUAUUACCAGUCAAAGGAACAGGGCUGAGGCCACACUUCAUCGUAUUGCAGAACUCAAUCCAUAUGUCCAUGUAGCAGCAUCAGCUGUGCCACUAGAUGAAACCACAGAUCUGUCGUUUCUAAAGCAGUACCAGUGUGUCAUACUGACUGAAGUAAGUCUGUUGCUGCAGAAGAAGAUUAAUGACUUCUGUCAUGCUCAGCAGCCACCUAUUAAGUUCAUCAGUGCAGAUGUAUAUGGAAUAUGUUCACGUUUGUUUUGUGACUUCGGUGAUGAAUUUGAAGUGCUGGAUACAACGGGAGAGGAGCCAAAGGAGAUCUUCAUUUCAAAUAUAACACAAUCGAAUCCUGGUAUUGUCACUUGCCUUGAAAAUCAUCCACACAGGCUUGAAACAGGACAGUUCUUAAUCUUUCGGGAAGUUAAUGGAAUGUCAUGCUUAAAUGGAUCCACACACCAAAUAACAGUGGUGUCACCUUAUUCCUUCAGCAUUGGUGAUACGUCAGAUAUGGAGCCUUACUUACAUGGAGGCAUAGCUGUCCAGGUGAAGACACCCAAGAUGUUUUACUUUGAACGGUUGGAGAAGCAGAUAACAAAUCCAUUAUACCUUGUUGCGGAUUUUAGCAAGCCUGAGGCACCUUUGCAGAUCCAUGUUGCCAUGCUUGCCUUGAACCACUUCCAGGAGAACUUUGGUCGUGGACCGAACAUUGGAUGUCUUCAAGAUGCUGAGGAAAUGCUGAAAAUAGCCAUGUCUGUAAGUGAAACACUGGAAAACAAACCUCAGGUGAAUGGAGAUGUAGUGAAAUGGCUAUCUAGGACUGCUCAGGGAUUUCUAGCUCCUCUGGCUGCAGCAGUGGGUGGUGUUGCUAGCCAGGAAGUCUUGAAAGCAGUAACAGGAAAAUUUUCUCCAUUGCAGCAGUGGCUAUAUAUAGAUAUGUUAGACAUUGUAACACCUCUAGAAAAGAUGGGCCGUGAAGAAUUUCUCCCACGGGGAGAUAGGUAUGAUGCCCUGAGGGCUUGUAUUGGAGACUCUCUGUGCCAGAAGCUGCAUGAUUUGAAUGUUUUCUUGGUUGGCUGUGGAGCUAUAGGCUGUGAAAUGCUAAAAAACUUUGCACUUCUCGGUGUCGGUACUGGGCAAGACAGAGGAUUGGUUACAAUUACAGAUCCAGACUUGAUAGAGAAAUCCAACCUGAACAGGCAGUUUCUUUUCCGACCUCAUCACAUACAGAAACCAAAAAGCUAUACUGCCGCAGAAGCAACUCUGAACAUCAAUCCUUACUUAAAGAUUGACUCGUAUAUUAAUAAAGUUUGUCCAGCCACUGAGAACAUUUACAGUGAUGAAUUCUAUACCAAGCAAGAUGUGAUUGUGACCGCUUUGGACAAUGUUGAGGCAAGGAGAUACAUUGAUAGUCGUUGUGUAGCAAACCUGCGUCCUCUUAUAGACUCUGGAACUAUGGGAACGAAAGGACACACGGAAGUUAUUGUGCCCCAUCUGACAGAGUCCUAUAAUAGUCAUCGAGAUCCACCAGAAGAAGAAAUACCUUUUUGCACCUUGAAGUCUUUCCCAGCUGCCAUUGAGCAUACGAUACAGUGGGCAAGAGAUAAGUUUGAAAGUUCCUUUUCUCACAAGCCUUCAUUGUUUAACAAAUUCUGGCAAACCUAUCCAUCUGCAGAAGAAGUUUUACAGAGAAUAAAAUCAGGGGAGAGCUUAGAAGGCUGUUUUCAUGUUAUUAAAACACUCAGUAGAAGACCCCGAAGUUGGACUCAAUGUGUGGAACUAGCAAGAGUAAAAUUUGAGAAGUAUUUUAGUCAUAAGGCUCUUCAGCUCCUUCAUUCAUUUCCUCUUGAUACACGAUUAAAAGACGGAAGUUUGUUUUGGCAAUCACCAAAGAGGCCACCUUUCCCAGUGAAGUUUGAAUUUAAUGAUCCUUUGCACUAUGGUUUCAUCGUGAGCGCAGCAAAACUCUUUGCAACAGUGUACUGUGUUCCUUUCACAGAAAAGGAUUUGUCAGAGGAAACUGUUCUGAAGAUUAUUUCAGCUGUGAAGGUACCAGAGUUCAGACCUUCAAACAAAGUUGUACAGACUGACGAAACUGCAAGAAAACCAGAUCAUAUUCCAGUCAGCAGUGAGGAUGAAAGAAAUGCUAUUUUCCAGCUGGAGAAGUCUAUAGUAUCCAAUGAAGCUCUGGAAAAUGACUUGCAAAUGAAGCCCAUCUCCUUUGAAAAAGAUGACGAUAGUAAUGGGCAUAUAGAUUUCAUAACAGCAGCAUCAAACUUGCGAGCCAAGAUGUACAACAUUGAACCAGCAGAUCGGUUCAAAACAAAGCGCAUUGCUGGAAAGAUUAUUCCUGCAAUUGCAACAGCUACUGCUGCAGUAUCAGGGCUGGUUGCACUGGAACUUAUCAAAGUUGUGGGUGGCUACCCAGCUGAUGCAUACAAGAACUGUUUUCUGAACCUAGCCAUUCCCAUAAUGGUCUUUACAGAAACUGCUGAAGUAAGAAGAACGGAAAUCAGAAAUGGGAUAUCAUUUACAAUCUGGGACAGGUGGACAAUUUAUGGCAAAGAGGAUUUUACUCUGUUGGACUUCAUAAAUGCGGUCAGAGAGAAAUAUGGAAUUGAACCAACUAUGGUUGUACAGGGAGUCAAAAUGCUGUAUGUUCCUGUGAUGCCAGGUCAUAUUAAAAGAUUAAAGCUGACGAUGCAAAAGCUUGUGAAACCAUCAGCUGAUAAGAAGUAUGUGGAUUUGACAGUAUCGUUUGCUCCAGAGACUGAUGGAGAGGAAGACUUGCCAGGGCCGCCAGUGAGAUACUACUUUGUUCAGGAAGACAAUUGAUGGUAGAGACACAAAAGUCACUCCUGGACCAUUUGUUCUGAAAGGAGUGUGCUAAUUUUCAGCUAUUAAAGAUGGUACUAUAUA